AUGGAGAACUAUAAAUCUUUGAUUGAUGCACAAGUAGAAAAAGAAACACCCAUGGUUAUCUUUCAGGAUAACAUGCAGCUGAUGCGGACAUCAAUGAGGCACCUCACACUUUCUAAGUUGCAUAAAGAUAAAGUGAAGCAGAAUAAAAUAUGGGAUUUUACUGUUCGUGGAUGGUGUGUGGCAGAUAUCAGUGGGAUAGAAGAUUUGUUUCAAUAUAAGUCAUCCGUUGAACCACAACGAGUUGUCAAAGAUUUGAAAUACGAAGACCUUCUUCUGAUCAGUGUGAAAUCAAAAAAUCAAAAAAUCUUAAUUUUCGAUAAUGACGUCAUAAAUACUUUUUUGGCCUGGGAGCAUGAAUUGUGAGCCAAUCACUUCACAUCUUUAUUAACAAGAGCAAGGCUCCCAGGCCAGAUGAUGUAAUCAUCAAAAAGAUGUAUUAUUUUUCGGGUUCAAUGUGAUAUUUCAUGCACUCACUAUAAGGCUUACUGGUGACCGGACUGGCAGUUCAACAUUCAAAACAAGUUUUAUAUUUGUGCAUAUGUAUCAAAAAUGUAUUAUUUAAACUUUUGUUUUACAGAACAUAACCCACCUCAUGAAGAGAAGUGGAAAGAAUUUCGGGAGCACAAUAGAUUGCAGAAAAUGGAUGUCGCUUUUAACACUGUUAACAUAACGAAAGAACAACUGAGGAACAUGAGAAUCGAAGAUUUACAGCGCGAGUUAUCUCAAUCACUUGAAUCAGAGACAUCAAAGUGA